GUGGCCCCCACACUCCCCAGUCUGCGUUCAGAGGUCUUCAAGCCGUGUGUGGAAGACAAGGACCUGGCCUUUUGUUUAAACGAGGGAGAGUGCUCCAUCAUUGAAACCGUGGCUGGGGUUCACAGACACUGCAGGUGUAAGGAGGGCUACCAUGGAUUACGCUGUGACCAGUUUGUACCCAAGACAGAUGCUAUCUUGUCAGACCCAACGGAUGAACUUGGGAUUGAGUUCAUGGAGAGCGGUGACACCUACCAGAGGCAGGUGCUGUCCAUCUUCAGCAUCGCCUCGGGGAUCUGUCUCCUUGGAGUGGCAUGUAUGGCUCUCUACCGCCGCAACAAGAGACACAGAGAAAAACUCCAGGCUCAUUUCUCCGAUAGCCGCAGCCUGAGGGACUGCAGUGUCAACGCCUCUGGCCUCAUGUCCAAAUCUACUCCCAGGCUCCAAUACAGCCUUCAGCUCCAAAAAAGCUGCAGUUCUCACGGAUCGUCUGUCAAGGGCAGCAGCGUGGCACCUGGCACAUCAGCAGUAGCCCCACCUAUUCUCAGCAGAGCACUGUCUAAAGGGAAACGCUUCAGGAGCAGCUCCCUUUCACUUAGUCCUGCCCGACAGCGGAGGGAGACCAAUUACUUCAGGACCCCGCCCAUUUCCAGAGGGAAACACAAAAUAUCCACAAAUCUCAUCGAUGGAUCCAGAGUGCCCAGCCACGUCUACAAACACUUGCAGGAGGAUGAGUCAACAGACAUGGAGUCCAUAAGAAGGUGUGAUUCCACCGGUGGAAAGGUCGGCGGCCUCCUCAACAGGACUUCACUCUCUCACUUCGCAGCCAGAAAGGGAUGGACUGAGGUUCCAUGCACCCGUCUGGAUAAGGGAACAACCUACUUUCCACCUUCCUUGCGCACCCGCUCUGUGCCCAUCAUCCCCUCGCUCCAAGCGUGCGACCUCGAGGCAGGGAAUGUGGACACGAGCCAGCGGAACCAAGGAGCGAUCCUCAAGUGGCACCCGGCGCUAGCUGGAAAAACAGCAGUGCCCAUGAGCAAUUCUCCCUCUCCUCCCCGUGAGACUGUCAUGCUGGUGCCUGGUGUCAUGCCCAGCAGUGUUAGCCCUCCUGCCACCAACACCACCGUUACACUGGGGUCGGAGAAGAAUCUCAGCUCCACACAAACAACCUGCUCUAUUGAAAUCACAGUGGAGCUCGCACAGGAAUUAAAACAGAAAAGCCUUUCCAGCUCCAUGAAAAUGUCCGGGCCUCACAGUGAGAUCCACCGUGGUGGCACAAACACUCUGGAGGCUGGGACUGCGCAGGGGUCGGAAGGGAAAUGCGUCCAAUAUUCAGCCAGAGUUCUGCACACAGGUGGUGGGACCAGAGGUUUGAAGGCAGCAGGCCAAAGAGAAGCCCAGGGACAGUGCCAAGGUCAGACGUCUCUCGUGUAAGGAGGCGCAAACCACUCCUUGGCCACCAAAGGACCCAGCUGCAGAGGAACUGGAAAUGCUUACGCCAAGCCCUCCGCAAGCUGAUUGGAUUAACUCUGUAAAGCUUCAAAGACACUGUUUCCAAUAACUGUAUACCUUUGCUGGUGGCACAGGAUGGUUAGCAGGUGGGACCAUCUGUGUGGCCACACGGACCAAUAACAGAUGGCCGUCCAUUCUGAAAGGAACACGAACAGAUUGAACUGCAGACGAAAAAAAUAUUGACACAGCAAAAAGACAUCAAAUUAUAAAGAAACAGAGACAAACAAACACACAUUGUGAAUAAAUGUGACUCAAUAA